CUAACCGUUGUUCUGUAAUAUAACAUCAUUUAAGACUACUAAAAGUGCAUCGAACACAAUGAUUUUCAAUUGAAAGUCGUUUACAAAAAACACCAAUUAGGGAAUACAACUAAACGUCAUGGUAACCAAACAUAUUAUGUUAAAGCGACCCUAUGUAUUAAUACAGGUUGAGUUCACUCGAACAGAAAUACUAGUUCGUGCGAUUAUAACCCUCUUGUGUUAUCGUUAACAUUCUUUUAGCGAUGGCAGACUACGAAUCUGACAGUGACGAAGGUGAAGCUGGACUUGGAAAUGUCACCAGAGUAAUAAUGCGUCCUCCAGGACAUAGCGGCAAAGCGAAAAAAGGUCAUUUGUGCUUUGAUGCAUCUUUUGAAACUGGUAAUUUAGGAAGAAUUGAUUUGAUAUCCGAAUACGAAUACGAUCUUUAUAUACGUCCAGACACUUGUAACCCUCGACAUAGGUCAUGGUUCAACUUUGUAGUUGAAAACACUAGACAGGAUCAAAACGUUAUCUUUAAUAUUGUAAAUAUCAGCAACAAAAACAACUUAUACCAAUUUGGAAUGACACCAUUAGUAAGAAGCACAAGCAGAACAACUUGGAGUCACAUUCCAUUAAAUAGAAUACAUUAUCAUAGGUCUUCAUGCCAUGGUAACAACUAUGUUCUGAGUAUAUUAUUUUCAUUCGACAAGGACGACGACAGCUACCAGUUUGCAUUUACCUAUCCAUACUCGUAUUCGAGGUUGCAAAAUUUUUUGUCGGUUAUAGAGAAAAAAAAGCUUCCUUUUUUCAAACGAGAACUCCUAGGAAAAUCUAUACAAAAUAGAGCAUUAGAUUUGAUUACAAUCACAAAUCCGAAAAAUUUGAACUCUACGGAAAAAGUUCACGUUGUUGUAAUCAUGAGCAGAGUUCAUGGCGCAGAUACUUCAAGUUCUUACGUUUGUCAAGGAAUUAUUGAGUUUUUGAUCAGUAAUCACCCGAUUGUCGUACGCCUUCGCAAAAGCAUUGUGUUCCAAAUGAUUCCUAUGAUGAAUCCAGAUGGUGUUACUCUUGGAAACUCCAGGACUAAUCUACUCGGAAUUGAUUUAAAUAGAGCUUGGCACAAAGUAUCACAAUGGGUCCACCCUACAUUGCAUGCAGUUCACAACUACUUGAUGGAUAUUGAUAAAAAUGAAAAAAUGGAAUUAGAUUUAGUUAUAGAUGUACAUGCUCAUUCUUCCCUUCUUGGAGUAUUCACAUAUGGAAAUACAUACAAUGAUGUUUACAGAUAUGAAAAGCAUAUAUUGUUUCCAAAACUUUUGGCAAAACGCGUAAAAAUUGGUCACGAACCGUCCUACACAAUGUGCAAUAGAGAUUCAAGAAAACUUGGCACUUCUAGGAGAUUUUUAUGUCAAACACUCAAUGACAAAGUAAAUUGUUAUACUUUGUUCGUAUCUCAUUAUGGAUAUAGAAUAUCGCCCAAGACUAUAAUACCAUUCAAUGAAGAAAUGUUCUAUACAAUUGGAACAUGUGUAGUCCAAACAUUUUCUGAUUAUUUUAAGUUUACCGGCAUAUUAUUGCAACAGUCCAAAGUGCAGAAAGGGUUGUCAAAAAAGGAAAGAUUUCGUAAACGUGCCUAUCGCCGCCACUAUAAUCAAAUCAAAAAAAAGCAUACACGCAUAUGUAAUAUAGCGAAUAAAAAUACUUUAACACUAAACAAAGUUGAUAUUAAAGAUUCUUUCCGUGAUAUUUUUUCUGAUAUGAAUUUGGAACACAAUCAUAAUCUUUGUUAUAAACUCAAGUCUCAACCUUAUAUUCCCUUCAAAUCUACAUUUAACAGCAAGAAAAUUACAUCAAUUACACAAUAUGCUACACCAAGAAAAGAUAAUAAAAAUACAAACUCUAAUUUGUUUUCUAUAAUUAAUAUACAUGAUAUAAUACGUGAAACAAAUAUUUUACCCAAUCAAUAAAACUUUUAUG